AUGAAGUCCAUGAAGCUUGUGCAUUCCCGUCAUCUUGCGUCGCUCGUGGAUUUUACAAGCACUAUAACUAGUGGAAAGAUUGUUGUCUCAACGGCUCGCGUGUCAGCAUUAUCGACCUCGUCAACGUCAUCGUCCGUGGACAAGACGUCGAUGCUAAAGCUCUUGCAGCGCGUAGCAGACGGCCAAGUGUUACCUCAAGCAGCCAUGGAGCUCUGUACAUUUACGUCAGAUUAUCAGCAAGUGGGCGAUUAUGCCAAGAUUGAUACAAAUCGACAAGCUCGAACGGGCUUCCCUGAGGUCGUAUACGCUGAGAGUAAAACACCAGAGCAGGUGGCAGCUAUUAUGAAGGCGAUGAUUGAUGGAGGUGAAGAUAACGUCAUGGCUUCACGUGUGACGAUCCAAGCUGCCGAUGAAAUUCAAGCUUUGAUGCCGGACCAAGACCUGACGUACUACAAAGUACCUCGCAUUCUAGCAUUGAAAGCAUUGGAAAAGGAUCUUGAAACGACACUAGGAGAUGUGGGGGAUAAGAAGAUUCCCACUGCUUGUGUGCUUUGUGCUGGUACAUCGGACCUACCUAUUGCAGAAGAAGCCGCUGUUACUCUCGAAUUGGCUGACUACCGUGUUACUCGACUCUACGACGUGGGCGUGGCUGGUAUUCAUCGUGUAUUGCGCAAUCAACAUAUCCUACAAGCUUCCGAUGUUGCUAUUUGCGUUGCUGGAAUGGACGGUGCUUUGCCUGGAGUUGUGGGAGGACUUACAUCCGCACCAGUGAUUGCAGUUCCUACAAGUGUCGGAUACGGUGCAGCCUUUGGUGGAUUGGCUCCAUUAUUGACAAUGCUAAAUGCAUGUUCACCCGGUGUUGGGGUUGUCAAUAUUGACAAUGGCUUUGGAGCUGCUGUUUUAGCUGCUCGGAUUUUACAUCAGCUACCGUGA